AUGCGACCACGUUUAAUUAUCCUCGUUCGACAUGGACAAUCAGAAGCCAAUGUUGAUAUUUCUAUUCACCGAUGGGUUCCUGAUCACAAAAUCAAAUUGACAAAAUUGGGUGUGGAACAGGCCAUUGAAGCCGGACAUCGUCUUAAUAAAUUACUUAAACCUGACGAUAUUGUUCAGUUCUAUGUUAGCCCUUAUUUAAGAACCAGACAAACAUUUGAAAAUAUGUCUAAAGCAUUAGAUAAAAGAAGGUGGAAGUAUUGCGAAGAACCAAGAUUGAGAGAACAAGACUGGGGAAACUUUCAAGGACCACCUGAAGAAAUGUCAAGGAUCAAAAUGGAAAGAAAAUCUUAUGGUCACUUUUUCUAUCGUAUACCGAAUGGCGAAAGUGGUGCUGAUGUAUACGAUAGAAUUUCAACUUUUCAAGAGACAUUGCACCGUGCUUUCGCUUCUCCCAAUUUUCCUUCGGUUUUGGUGAUCGUUUCUCAUGGAUUAUUAUCAAGAUUAUUUGUGAUGCGUUGGUUUCAUUGGUCCGUAGAAGAAUUUGAAUCAUUAGAAAAUUUAUGUACCUGGUAUGGCAUUGAAGCGGGAGAAGAAUUUAGCAGCGAAGAUGUUAUGGGAGAUGCAUCAGAAUCUGACGAGCGAAGUAUGAAUUCUGUGUAA